AGUAUGGAGCUACAAAACGAUACUGUGGAUUCAAGGAACGCCGAGAUAAGAUUACUUCCAAUGCCCGACUUGGAAGAGACCUCGACUCAUCUCACCGAAAGAGAAAAAAGUAGUCCUCCACCGAUACUGCGUAGACGACGAAAUAUUCAAUCGAUACCACAGAGAACGGAAACACCCGAUAGCGGGAAUCAAUCGGAUUAUUUGAUAAUAACCGGUCAACAGACGCAUAAUGGCAAUACUACGCCAUCUACUCCCAUAAAGCAACUUCCAUUCAGUCCCUCUCAAUUCUUAAAUAGUCUAAGUCCUGAAACAUCCACUUGGCCUCGAGCAAGUACUCCAAAAACUGGUAGUCCUGGACCACUCACGACACCACAGCCAACGGGUUUGCGACGAAGUCAAAAUGAUGGUAAUACUCCAAGAACGCCAACGCCGUUUAAAAAUGCUCUGGCUGAGCUGGAACGACGAAGUGGCGUGACUACUCAGUUACCUGCUACACCUAGCCACUUAGAUGCCUUAACUGAGAUAAUUAAACAAGAAACUGAUCGAGAGAGUCUUGCGAGUACGAGCAACAUCCUUCAAGAUUCUGGAUAUUGUACUACGAGGCGGCGGGGUAAAGAGAAUAGUGCUCCUGGUGGAAAAAGGGCACGCAAAGCUCUCUGUCAAGCUUGGGCGAAUGUUCCCCAUGACAAUACUGACAUGAGUUUUGUCGUUGAAACGCCGAGCAAAAGUUUGGACACUUCAGUACUGUUCUCACCAGCGUCCAUGGCUUUAGAAGAUAGUUUUUUAACAGCAGGUCCAAGUCCCGUGAAGACUUCCCACGACUUGUUGUCCGUUCAACGGAAGCCCAAUGCCAAGAGGGCAAUCACAUUCGAUGCGCUCGACAGCCCCUGUUGUAUCCUCAGCCCUCUACCUCUGAGGCCGGUUAAACGUGCCAAGCUCCAUUUGGAAACGCAGUGGGCCACGGUGGCUUGUGGACGUACGCGUGAUCAAUUAGAAAUGACACGUGCGGCACGUAGAUUUCUUAGUAAUCACGGCUUCCUACCUUUACGUCCUCGAUCGCUAAAUUUUUAAAUUUUCCAAUGAGUCACCUUCAUGGGGAUAAUGAACCAUUGCAGGAUUGGAAAUUUGAGAGGACAAGGAGCACAGGGAAAUUAAUUUUAAUUUGUGGUACAAAAGCAAGAUUAAGAAAGAAAAAAAAACACAAAAAAAAACAAAAAACAUAAAAAACAAAUAAACAAAUAAGUAAACGAACAAACAGAAAAAAAAAUCCAUUUCGUUAAACUAGUCGGAGUUAAUCUAAUUAGGCACUUCCGUUUAAGGAAUUCUGCCAUAAUUGUCGAGUAUGUCGAUUAAAGAAGGAAAAUAAUAAUUAAGGUGGGAAAGUCGAAUCAAGAGGAGAUAAGGGUUCACGCUUUGCCGACGCUUUUAUUUUUUAUUGCAUUUUAAGAAAAUGAAGAUACGUAAGAUAGAGCGAAAAGAGAAAAUGAAACAGGAUGAUCCUUGCUUCCGUAGAACAAAAAGAAAAAAGAAAAGUUGUUACAGUGUGAUAAUGUUGUUUUGAUUAAAAAAGAAAUAAUAAUAAUAAUUAAAAAAACAAAUAAUCGAACGUAAAAAGAAGUACAAAAAUUACAAGAAAACAAACGAAAGACGAUGCAAUUACUUUUGUAGGAUUUAUUUUUGGUUGUCAUUAUUUUUUCUUAAAUAUAACGGAGACUUUUAAGAGGGAGAAAAUUGUGCGCAAAAGAAUUUUUCGGUUCCUAUUUUGCUUUUUUUUUUUCCGAUGAACGUAAAUAUUAUUAUCGCCGUUAUGUUUACUCAACAAUCAAAAAUAAACCCUUACUCUCUUUUUCUCUGUAAUUAUCAACGGAGCAGCAUUUUUCUCGGCGAAGAAAUCUUAAUUUUUUAAAAGCAAAAAAAAAAAAGAAAAAAGAAAAAAGAAAAGAAAAGAAGUACGGCGUAAAGAUAUCUCUUUCUUUCUCUUGAAUGGGGUAAAAGCGAAUGAUAAUCGAUUUUUAUUUGAUAUAAUACUAUAUUAUAUAUAAUAUAAAACAAAAGCAUUAUAUUGCGGCCGUUAUGUACAAAGAGCCUUUGUAACUGGUAUUUAAUUUACAACUGAAUAAUAAAAACAUAACGAUAGUUACACAAAA